AUGUUAAAACAUCAUUCUGUGAUAACUAUUGGGAGGAACCAGGAGGAAUACCCAUACUUCGAGUAUGCUCCCACCUCAAUCCUAACCGCUACCUACACAGCUCUUAAACCGGGAACUACAUCUGCAUCCGAUUUCGGACGAGUUUCUCCGCUCAGCGAAGCUUUAUCGAUCGGCGGGCGCAGUUUCAAUGCAGAAGCAGAAUGUCUACAGGAAAUGUACUAUGAACAUUGCCCAUGUUCGACUGUCUUUGAAUCUCGGCAUGUUGAAACGUAG